AUGGAGUUGAAAGCAUUUAUAUCAGCACUUCGGCGGAUGGCAGCUAGACGUGGGGCACCGCGUCAUGUAUACUGCGACAAUGGAACAAACUUUGUAGGCGCCGGUCGCAUCUUACAGAAAGAGUUCUUUAACUUGCAACAAUUAUUAGAUCAACAAUUUUAUCACCAAAUCACUGACAUGGAAAUAGAAUUUCAUUUUAACGCGCCAUCUUGGCCCAGUGCCGGCGGGCUCUGGGAAGCAGCGGUCAAGAGCCUUAAGCAUCACCUUCGAAGAGUACUUGGAGAACAAAAACUCACCUAUGAGGAAUAUUCUACGUUAUUAGCACAGAUAGAAGCAUGUUUGAACACUAGACCUCUGUGUGCUAUCACAGAUGAUCCCGAGGACAUAAAUUUUCUCACACCGUCUCACUUCAUAUAA